AUGGGUGAUCCACCAACUAUAUAUCAAAGUGUUCCGGGACCAGGAAAACUCUCGCUAGAAGGUGAUGCAGCUCUAAACUUCCGCCGUUUUGAGCGCGGGUGGAAAGUGUACGAAGUCGGCGCUCGUGUCAAGGAACAGGAUGCGACAAUCCGAGCUUCCAUUCUCCAGUCAUAUUUGACCGCAGAAGUCCUAGAACUACUGGAAACGCUUCCAUUUGAGGACCCAGCUCACCGCAAAGAUGCUGACCGUAUUCUCAAAGUGCUUGAAACUCACUUCAUUGGGACUACAAAUGAAACUUAUGAAAGGUACAAAUUUAACAUUCGCUCUCAGAAAAAAGGGGAAACUUUUGAUACAUUUCUCGGAGCAAUCCGUGUACUCUCCAAGUCUUGUAAUUUUGGUGCACUUGAGGACUCUUUACUCCGUGACAAAAUAGUGUGUGGCGUUAACAAGGAACACACAAGACGCAAACUCCUUGCGGAAUCACAACUCAACCUGGCAAAAGCCAUAAACAUUUGUAAGGCUGACGAGUCAGCUACACAGCAAGCGUCCGAAAUAGGCAAAUCAACAGACACAAAGGAGGAUUCUGUUCAUAGUGUAAAAACUCCACGUGACUCUAAACAUUCUCAGCGGCCCCAGAGAGGACCCCUUCCACAACAGAGACCACACAAAGGACAGACUCAGAGACAAAUAAACCAUUGCAAGUAUUGUGGUGGCGCAUAUGUGUGGAAAAAGGAAGCAUGUCCGGCAUAUGGAAAGACUUGUAAGAAGUGCAAAGGAAAAAACCAUUUUGCUAAGUACUGUAAGCAAAGUGUUAAUACUCGUGUUCACAGUGUAGAAGAGGGCAAUGACUAUUAUGCGGAGCCUGAGUACUUGAUUAGACAAGUCAGUACUAACAUUGCAGGUGGAUCUGGACGUCUCUGUGCGGAACUCAUGGUUAACGAUCAACCAAUAGCAUUUCAGAUAGACACCGGUGCUUCUAACAAUCUUAUUGGAAAGAAAUGGAUUGGUGACACUACUAUUACUCCAUCGACCAGUACUCUAGUGAUGUGGAAUGGCUCGCGUAUGGAACCUCACGGGGAGUGUAUUCUGAAAUUAGUCAAUCACAAGAACAGGACCAAGUACAAAGUCAAGUUCGUAGUUGUCAAUGAGGACUUAACUCCACUCCUCGGACUCAAUGCAUGUACUCAAAUGGGACUCAUUACCAUAAAUCAGGACGAGUUCAAGCGAGUGAACUCUGUGUACCCCGUCUGUCCGACUGUUGCGUACAAGGAUGUAUUUGAGGACAAAAUAGGACAACUCCCUGGAGUAGCACAUUUUGAGGUUGACCCCUCAGUCUCACCAGUUAUAUCGCCAGUCCGAAAAGUUGCAGUCCACAUGAAACCAAAACUAAAGGAAGCACUAGAUGAUUUGACAAAGAAGGCCAUCAUAGCUCCUGUUAACAAGCCCACCGAUUGGCUCAGUCACCUUGUAUGUACCACUAAGAGAAACGGUGAACUCCGACUAUGUUUAGACCCAGAGCAUCUCAACAAAGCACUAAAACGUGAACAUUUUCAUCUUCCAGUACUCCGUGAGAUGCUACCAGACCUGGCACAUGCAAAGGUGUUCUCAACGUUUGAUCUCCGUCAUGGCUACUGGCACGUAAGGCUGGAUGAUGAAAGUAGUCACAUGACUACAUUUGACACACCAUUCGGAAGGUACCGUUGGUUACGACUCCCAUUCGGUACCAGUGUCUCCUCAGAGAUGUUCCAGCGACGUCUAUACCAAGCUAUAGGUGACUUGAGAGGGAUUCUGAACAUCGCAGAUGAUGUACUACUCUAUGGUGUUGGUGAGACCUAG